AUGGCACAAUAUCCAAUACCAAAAUCAUCAACGCAACAGCAACAAGUACCGAUCGAAAUUCCACGAUCAUUUACUUCUAAUCAACGACCUAGUGUUGGUGGUCCACCAUUUUCAAAUUUUUUUGAUGAAUACAAUAAUCAUAGCAAGUUACCUCGUUUAAGCAUUGCUAGUGAAAGACGAAUAAAUUUUCUUCCACCUUUUUUAUCUAUAAUACUUGGUUCAAAUUAUUUUUUGAUUGUCUUAUGUAUUCUUCUCAUUGUUCCUAUACUUGAAUUAGCUAUUGGUAUAGCUUAUCAAGAUCAAUGUUCAGUGAAUAUUUAUAUUCCAAGAUAUUUAAUUGUAACAGGUGCAUGUGGCAUAAUAUUGAUUGCUUUGACAAUAAUGAUUAUUGCUUCAUUUAUAUGUUGUGUUAAACAAGACUCAAUUGCUGGAUCAUGUCUUAGUACAUGUAUAAUUGGUAUUAUAAUUGUUAUUAUUUUUCUUAUGAUCAUAUUUUUAUUUGCUUGGUUUAUUGCAGGCAAUGUUUGGGUAUUUGGAGCUCGAAAUAUAGUUGAUUUUGAUAACGAAAAAUCACUUAAUUAUUGUCAUUCAACUUUAUAUAAUUUCGCUUUUUGGAUAAUAAUUGUAACUUAUAUUCUAACUGUAGUUGGUUGUUGUGUAGCAUGUUGUCGUGCUUGUUGUAAGUCUCUAACCACAUUAAAAGCAUAA